GGACCCGAACACUUCUAACAUGGCGGUUCGAGAGCGAGAAGUGUAUCAGCUGACUUCACCUUACGCGAUGUCACAACGAUUACUGUCAUCUGUAUCAAAUUCAAAUAUCAAAGACGUCAUAGUAAAUAAAAAUUGUGUAGCGGUAGAUAUGAAAAAGCCGGUUAAAAAUAUAAUAAUUGGCAAUAAAAGUGUUUGUGCGCUAAUAGAUACGGGCAGUGAUGUUAACCUAAUAUCGUAUAAUUGUUAUAAAGCGUUAAAUGCGCCGGAGUUGGGAAAGUGCAGUGUAGUUAUGCGAGGUAUUGGUUGCAAUAAUAUUACGUCGAUAGGUCGGUUGAAAAUUCCGAUUACAAUUGAUAAUAAUUGUUACAAUAGUACCGAGUUUUAUGUAGUUCCUACAGAUUGUAUGCCGUACGAUGUAAUAAUAGGUCAGGAGUUUUUAAGCAAUAUUGUAAUGUUAAUGGAUAGUGGCAGCGUUCUCUUACUACCCCGUAACGAAGAUUGGUUGCGAAAUAUGUCGUAUUAUGUUCCUAAUGUUAUGUUUUCUGUAGGCGAAGGUGUCGGUAUGGGUACACAUUGCAAAGUAAGACGUAUGGUUGAAAUGUAUACACCAAAUAAGACGAAGGAGGCACCUAUCCAACUGAAAAUAGUUCUGAAGGACGAAAUACCAGUGGCCCAGAGACCGCGACGAUUGGCUAUUAAGGAACAACAGGUAGUAGACCAGCAGGUACAGGAAUGGCUGGCAAAUGGAAUAAUACGGAGAAUGAGGAACAAGCUGUGGAACGUUUAGAGGAAGUUUUAAGGGUGGCUUCAGAGUAUGGACUCGAGAUCAAUUGGAAGAAAAGUCAGUUGAUAUGUAAGAAGGUAGAGUACUUAGGACAUCUAAUUGAAAAUGGCGAGGUAAGGCCUUCACCAGACAAGACGGAA